UCGACUCCACUAAUUGCUGACGAGUUAACAUAGUGAGGUGUUGUCAUGACAACGUGUAUACACACUUCUAACGACAAUUUCAAUAGCAGGAGUAGUGCAGUUAAAUUUUCAAGAUGGCCACUGAACUUCACAAAGUUCAUUACCAACCAAAGGAUUGGUUUACCAACAACUAUAGCAUCUCUACAAAUUCUGAACGAGAGCAAAAGGCCUCCACUAACUGUCGACAAGAAGGGCGAUACCUACGCAAUGAAACCUAUGCUCAGACAAAAUGGGACGAGUACCACAAUAAUAUCAGGCUCGGUGAUAGAGUAGACCAAAUUAGAAAAUGGAAAGAAAUACUUGAGAAAGUGCUACAGGAUCUGGAUGAAGAAAUUGGAGAUUUAUCUGUAUCCAAAGAUUUGGCGGAACAGCAACUUGAGGACAUGAAUCUUGCAACUGAUGUUAACGUAGAAAAUUUGACCCUUCGAGAGGGCCACUAUGGUAUUGACCUUACUGAAGAUGACCCUGAGCUUGAGCUUAGAAAGGAGACCCAGGUUAUAAAUGGCAUCAAAGCACUAUUGCAACAACGCAUAUCUGAGAGUUUUGAGCAACUUGUCCGUCUGCAAGAAGCCCGUCAGCAGGUUCAGGCGGACUUUCAAGAUAAGAAUAUUGCCAUGGAUAUUGACAUUGACCAGUACAAUCUGUCCCACAAAUCUCCAAACAUUAGCUUCAAGCCAGACCCAUUGAGAGUUCCAAAGGGUUCCACCACCCCUUGUGAAUGGGAAGAAUUCAGUCAUUAUAACGCUCAACGUGCUGAAGCUGAGGUAAGAGGAUCUCGUACUCUAAGGGAAACAAUUCAUCAUAAUUUGCAACAGGCUCGGAAUGAUUUGGAGACGGCCCAAAAAUCAACUGGUUACAGUUUUAGAAAACGAAUGCAUGAAUAUGAAAGAGCAAUCAAAGAAUUAGAAUGGCAAAAGAAAAAUCUUGAAGAAGAAAUUGCUGAGUUAGAAAAUGACAUACGUGAAUUGAAUCUCGCGAUUGCCAAUAAAAGAGGUCCCAUGAAACUAGCACAGACGCGCCUCGAGAAUCGCACGUGUCGUCCCAGUGUAGAACUGUGUAGAGACGCCCCACAGUAUGGUCUUACUGAUGAAGUGAAGCAGCUUGAAGCUACAAUUGCAGCUCUUGAAGAAAAACUGAAGCAAUCUCAGCAUUCGUUGGAUAGUCUCCAAAAGAAUCUGCAUACUGUUAACGAUGAACUAGAUCGCAAAAACAAUUCACUGAUGCUGGAUAAGCGUUGCAUGGAUGUUAGAGAGCGUUUGAAAACUCAACCUAAGUCCACCACAGAAAGAAACAUUACCAUGACUGGAUUAGUAAGAGAUAAACCUGAUAUUUUAGCUGCUUAACUUAAGAGAAAGAUAUCUUUCAAUUUGAUGAUUUUUCGAUAUUAUAAGUAUAGCAGUUUUUAAUUCAUCAUUAGAUUGCUGAUAAAUUAUACUUCAAUAGCAUCAAGAUCUGCAAUAAAAUUUUAAAAUACC